CAACUAAACUGCUUUUUGAUUGGCUGGAAAAUUAAGAGAGUUCUGGAUAAAUUGAAAGUGUGCACAACAAUUUUCAAACCCAGGGUAGCUCAUAUUCGACUGAAUAUUGAAAAUCCACAAACUGUGCAAGGUUCAUAUCACCCAGCCAGCUAACAUGAAACUCGUCUUGUUACUGAGUUUGGUCAUCCCGGCAGUGUUUGGUCUUUCGUGCCCCUCUGCCUACAACAACCCCGACGUCGUGUUUGGUAACGACUUCACAUACCACACCGAUGCCAUGAACGCUGCCAAAACCGCUAUAGAAAGCCAGGCAGAAGCCGCCUUUUCGCAAGCUACGAGUUUUCAAAGUCAGUUCUUUACAAAGCAGUCGUCUGUCAUGUGUACGGCUCCGACCUCCUACCAGGUAAUCCCGUCACAUCGCUACCGCUGGGUGAAGCACUGCGAGCCGUGCAGACCGAGCGCCAGACACUUGUGGAGGUUCCACGGUAACAGAUGUUUCGUCAUCUUCCCGCGAUGGCAGCAAGUCAGAGUAGCUCGAUGCAGCUACAGGAGGUGUGCCUCGCCCUGUGGUGGCAGCAUCACCAAGUGCCUUCCCACCGAGUGGACUCGAGUCUGGUUCUACGGCUGGUGCCACUCUAACGUGGGCAGCUGGAAGGCAGGCCUCAGCUAUCACUACCUGUACCUACCCCAGGACUGCACCUGUCACAGGAAGGUCUUCUAUCGCAAAGGCGUACUGGCCGGGUCCAUCGAUAUCAACAGGCAUGCUUUCGGCAUAAAAUACUAGAUUGUUUCUAUGUUCUUCAGACCGUAAACAGUUUCAUCAGAAUAAACAGUCUCUCUUGUA